AUGUAUUUACUUUGCCUGCCAUUGAACCCAGCUCCGUCCAGGCCGGCGUCUCCACCUAUCCCGGCGACGAGCCCCUGCUCUUCCGGGUCGACGCCUCCACCUAUCGACGGGCCCCUACUCUGCCAGAUCGACGUCUUUACUUCUCCCGCCGUUGAGCCCAGCUCCGGCCAGACCGACGUCUUCACCUAUCCCGGCGACGAGCCCCUGCUCUGCCGGAUCGACGCCUCCACUUAUCACGAGGACGAGGGUGUGAUGGUACCAGGACUUGCCAUAAAUCCCACCUUAUGCUCAGGGUACGGGGUUCGAGUCCUGGGGAGGGCAAAAACCACAGAAAGUCUGAACAUGGGUCUUUACCCUAGGACUGGAGCACUGUGGAAGGCCAUGAGUCCCCGGUUGGAAAUCGCCUUUCCUUCCACCGCCUUCCGAAUCAAAAUGUCCGUUCUGAAUCAGCUCUUCAACAGAGGACUUCUGGGAACAAAAUGUAAAACAUGCCUGACAUUGGCAAUCUCGCGAAUCAAGUUGCUGCAAAACAAGCGAGACGUGCAGCUAAAGCUAAUGAGGAAGGAAAUCGCAGAAUUUCUACAGGCCGGCCAAGAAGCCAUCGCUCGAAUUAGAGUGGAGCAUGUUAUUCGAGAACAGAACACUUGGGAGGCUUACGAGAUAUUGGAGUUGUUCUGCGAAUUUGUUCUUGCUCGUGUACCUAUUCUUGAAAGCCAGAGGGAAUGUCCUACGGAGUUGAGGGAAGCUGUGGCAAGCAUAAUAUUUUCAGCUCCAAGAUGUUUGGAUUUACCAGAUCUAUUACACGUUAAGAAUUUAUUUGCGUCAAAAUAUGGGAAAGAAUUCAUAGCUGCUGCAUCCGAGCUUCGUCCGGAUACCAGCGUCAACCGUACAAUCAUUGAAAAACUGUCAGUGAGUGCUCCACCUGUGCAUUUGAAGCUGAAAGUAUUGAAGGAAAUCGCGCGUGAAUAUAACAUCAAUUGGGAUUCAUCCGCAACAGAAGCAGAAUUCCGCAAGAAACCCGAGGAUCUUCUGAACGGGCCAAAACAAAUAGCCGCACAAUCUCAUGCCCAUUCCAGACCGAAAAUCGAGAAUAAUAAUUCCUCCAAACAGCUUUCAGAGACUUCUUCCGAAACAAAUAAACAAGACGAAGGCAACUUUUCUGGUCCUCACACAAUCGAGCCGUUGGCCCGAAAACAGCAUGUGCAAGCAGUAGCUCAGGUAAGUUCACAACCAUCAGAUGUUCUUGAAAGGGCCCAAGCUGCUAUUGCUGCAGCUGAACGUGCGUCAGCCGCUGCCCGUGCGGCUGCUCGGUUAGUAAAUGCUCAAAUGAAAAUUUGA